UAUUUUUCAAAUGUUUACGUUAUAAUAUUUGUAAUAAUUUGAUGUAACAUGAAUCAUUACCGCGAUAACUUCGUAUCGUAUAUGUAUACACUACACACAUACAUAACCUGAAGAAAUAUCAAUAUAUAUUAUAUAUAUUACGUAUCUAUUUCAAGUACCCAUGCAAGGUUUAAAUAAUAGAUUGUAUAUAUCUACAAAAUGGGGUUAAUAAAAUAAUUAUGACGAAAUACAAAUGCCAUUUAUUAUGCUCGUUGCAUGGAUGGAAAUGAUAAAAGAUCGGAUAAAUAGAUGAAAAUGUAUUAAAGAAAUUUUAAAAUAAAAAGAUUACAGUAUGGAGGAUUUAAAGUCUAUUUUUGGUCUUAUUAAUAAGCAGAAUACAACCAAGAUUCCACUUAUGGGUUUACAUCCGGAUCUCCUCGAUCCAUCUGAAUCUCAGAAACUGGAUAACAUACAAUCAGAAGUUGAUCAGUCGACAGGGAAUGAACCUAUUCCUGACCAAGAUAUAUUAGAAUCCAUAGAAAAGAUUUAUUUUAAUACAGACCACAAUUUUGAUGCCUCUAGAUACGAAUUAGAAAAGCAACCAAAAGUAUUGCCCAAAGAAAUUGAAAAAAGUUAUAAGAAAUUGAAACAGCAACAUCAAGUUGUAUCAAGAAAGUUUUACAACUUAUUUACAGAGCAAACUGCUUGUAAGAAAGAAUUUGACAAAAUUUUGUUGAUACAAGAACAAUUGCAAGAUGUAUUAGAAAUAUGUAGAAUGGGAAGGGCAGAUCUUAAAUUAGCUGAAAGACAGUUUACAACAGCUAGCUUAGGAAUAUUAGCAAAUUAUCAAAAAAGACAAAUUGUAGAAGAAUUGUUGAAUAAUUUGAAUACCAUAAAAACAUUGCAACGUACGGAGAUCGUUGCAAGAGCUAUUAAAUGAAAAAAUUAUCGAGCAAUCUCAUUACUUUUAGAAUGUCAAAGUGCUGCGCAAACUUAUAAACAUUUUCACUGCAUUGCUGCUUUUAAACGGAAAUUACAAGACAUUUUAGAACAAGCAGAGGGCUUAGAUGUUACGCUCUCAAAGAGUACACAGUUCGAUGUAACGAUAUACACGUCCAUACAAGAAGCUUAUACUCUUUUAGGAAAAACUCAAUCGGCAAUGGAUCAGCUGCAUAUGCACUUCACCGCUGCAAUUCAUAAUACUGGCUUUGCAGUUGUUCAUUCCUACGCAGGUGGUGACACGAAGAGGCAAUACAAGCAGCUUUGUCAGUCGGUGCCUCGUGAAUGUUGCAUCGCUUGUCUAACAGAAUUGUGUAAAUCAUUGUGGACGAUAUUAAGUUCUUACUAUUUGAUAGUAAAUUGGCACAAUACUCAAGAGAAUAAGCUCAAGUUUGACAUUAAAGAUGUGGAAGAAACUUUUAAUCAACAAUAUGUAAAGCAUAAACUAGAAAACAGUAUGAUUCGAGUAUGGCAUGACGUAGAAAUAAAAAUAUCAAUAUUUUUAAUGAAUGUCGAUUUAACUUACAUUAAAUGACAGUUUGUACAAGUUUUAGAUAUAGUUAACAGGUUAAUAGAAAUUGGAGAAGAAUUGUGUGGCUUUAAGUCAGGAAAACUUGCAAGAAUCGAGUAAGGAAGCAAUCCUUGUCAUAUUUGUCCCCACUAUCAUGCAUCAAGGCUAGAUGAACUUAGAAUAUUUUUAGAGAACGAUGGAUGGGAGCUGUGUCCUGUUAACCUAAUUUGUAGCAACGCAAUUCAGGAAUUCAAAAGUUUAAAACCAUCGCUCAAUAGUUGUAAAGUUUGGAACAAUGUAGACAAUUCUAACGUUAACGAGAAGAAUAGUACCAUGGGAAUAGAAUGGAUUCAAAAAUAUUUAGAAGGAGGCACGUCUCCGUUUGCCAUAGGUUUAGAUGAUACGAUGGAUGAAGAUAUUUUGAUAAACAGCGAGGGUAUUAAUUCACCAGCCUAUUUUUCCGAUGAACCGACCGACGAUAUUCCUGAUGAUUGAAACGGGAAUACGUGACGAUUCGGAUCACAAGUUAAAACUAAUAAAAAAAAAUGUAAAUUGAAGCAAUCAGGACCUAUGGUUACAAAAACCACGCUAAGCAUAUUGCGUGUUUGCGGAAAGUAUUUACAGAUGUCUAGACUUUUGCGUUCACUCGCCGUCAAUGUCAUACAAAGUAUGAUACAAUUUUAUGAAUUAUGCUUUUAUACGGUACAUUUAUUCUUCACCUCGGAUCUUCAAAUAAAUAGUGACUCUUUAUACAGUCCAAAAUUGAAAUUGUCAUUGGCAAGAAUUAAAGAGAACUUGAUCAUUUGUGAAACUGAUACCGAAGAUAAUAUUAAGUUAAAUUCGGAUAAAGUGCGACAACCACAGCUUUCUUCUAUUGUAAAUUUACACAAACCAGAAGAACUGCACGGUCUAAUGGAACGUAUUGUCGCAGUGGAAUCUCUAAUAUUUUUAGGACAACAAUACGAAAGUUUAAAACCCUAUUUGGAACAUUUAAUCGGUGCUAGUCCACAACGUGGUUUCCUUCAUCAAUUUUAUAUGCAAACGAUAGCAUCAACGGUAGAUCUAAGGAAACCAGUGUAUAUGGCUGUCGCGUCGCAAGACUUUGAUGUGGCAAAUAUCUUAAUAAUGAAUAAAGUUAACUGGGAGGUAACGGAUGAUUCUCAACAUAGUGGAUAUAUUGACACAUUACUUCAGGAUAUAUGUAUUUUAAAACGAAAGAUUGAGUGACAUUGGAAGUUUGUCUUCCUUUAGCCGAUCAAGUAUUAUAAUGCUAUUUGGGAAAAUAUUGCCCAACUAAUCACCCAUACUUUAGUCGAAGGGGUAUGUACCGUUUUUAAACAAUCUACAUGUACUUUACUCUAUAAUAACGUUUAUACCUAUAAAAUUUUUAAUCACAGAUAUUCUAAGGCUAAAAAAUGUACAAACGGAGGUAGAGCAUUGAUGCAACUUGAUUUUACACAGUAAAUCAAAGUUGAGGACGAUAACUGGUUUAAGACCGAUGCGCAUAGAGAAUACGUGACGUAUAUUAAAGCCUAUUAUCUUCCAGAAAAUCGUUUAGAAAAAUGGAUAAAAGAGCAUAAGGAAUAUUCUAUUAAGCACUUGAUCGGUUUGAUUUCUUCAGGCAUGUCAGAAAACAAAAAAACUCGGCAACGUUUAUAGCGUCUUAUAGAAGAGCAGCGACCCGACUAGAUAGCAUAGAGCUAUACAUUACAGCACAACUAAGAUUAUGUUGAAAUAGAAAUUACAUAAAAUAUCAUUUUUUUUAAGUACUAACAGAAACUUAUUAGAAAGAUUUUUUUUUGUUUUUUUUUGCAUCCCUAUAGUAAGUCAGCUAAUUGAACAAUUCAUGUUGCAAAUACUAGAACAUAGUUUCAUAUAAUUGAAGAUAUAUAGUGAUAAAAUUCAAAAUCUUUAAUUCUAAUCUAACCACAUCGUUAAAUAGUAUAAACGAAUCUCACAACCGAAACUUUUAAUUAGAUACAUGUUAUAUUAUUAUUAUGGAAUGUACAAAUUUAUUAUUGAAAUCUCGAACGUAUUAAGCAAGAUACUGAAUAAAAGAUAUUAAGACAUUUUAAUCUCAAACAUUAGUGUUACAGCAUCUGUUAACAGAUAUUAUUUUAUAUUUGAUCUUUUAAUUUAAUUAUUAUGAAGCAAAGUAAUGUAAAUAAUUUUUUAAUC